AUGUGUAAGGGAAGCUGGCGUCAGAUUUGUGGCGAAUGGCGACUAUGGAUUCGUCCACUGCUUAUCCUAAUUUAUGUUCUGUUCGCGAUCAUUAUCAUUCCGCUGCUAAUAGUGAACUCGGUGAAGGACGGGUUCACGCGCAAGGAUCAGUUGAUUCUGAUUGGGGGCCUCUUUGUGCUGGCAGCUGUCCCCAUUUCAGUUUGGCACAUUACACAACAUAUCAUCCACUUUACGAAACCCAUUCUGCAGAAACACAUCGUACGGAUACUAUGGAUGGUCCCGAUUUAUGCAUUAAAUGCGUGGCUGGGUCUGCUGUUUCCCCAACAUUCGAUCUACGUGGAUUCCCUGCGAGAAUGCUACGAAGCCUACGUGAUUUACAACUUCAUGGUCUACUUAUUGAACUACUUGAAUCUCGGCAUGGAUUUGGAAAUGAGCUUAGAGCAUAAGCCUCAAGUGAAGCACAUAUUCCCGUUGUGCUGCAUGCGACCGUGGGAGAUGGGCCGCGAGUUCAUUCAUAAUUGCAAACAUGGAAUCUUGCAGUACACAGUGGUCAGGCCGAUAACGACGUUCGUGUCCGUCAUCUGUGAGAUAGGCGGGGUUUAUGGUGAAGGAACCUUUAAAGCAAAUGUUGCUUUUCCAUAUAUUAUAUUUGUAAAUAAUGUAUCCCAAUUUGUCGCUAUGUAUUGUUUGGUAUUAUUUUAUCAAGCCAACAAGAUUGAUUUGAAGCCGAUGGGUCCAAUACCAAAGUUUUUGUGUAUUAAAGCGGUCGUUUUCUUCUCAUUCUUCCAAGGCGUCAUCAUCAAUUUCCUAGUAUAUUAUGGAUACAUUAAGGGUAUAUUUGGUGCCGAUGACGAAACAGAUGAUGCAAAAGGGUUGGCAUCAGAAUUGCAGAACUUCCUUAUCUGCAUUGAAAUGUUUCUGGCAGCAUUGGCUCACAUCUACAGUUUCCCACAUCAACCAUUCCACCUGCCACAUUACACUCAACACCGGAGCUGGUAUGAUGCAUUACUAGCAAUGCUCGACAUAUCAGACGUACAGGAAGAUGUAAGCGAACACAUAGGAGUUGUAGGAAGUUCGCUAAGUCGACGAUUCCGCGGACGAACAAACUAUCAAGUGCCUCGUAGCGGCUCAAAUAACGAGACCCAAUACUUGAUACCGCAUAUGAGUGCCUCGCAAUGCUAUCAGAGCGGACUGGAAACUGGCCCUGCAAAUGCAAUAUCAAAUGUAGCCUCAACUUCAGGUAGCCAAUCGAAAAAUAAGUAUGGAGCGUUUGAUUCUCACCGGCAACAGGCACCGUCAUCAAAUCAAGGCAUAACUAUCAUUAAAGAGGCGAGAGAGUACUCUCCACACCACGGAGCCCCUACGUCGUCCAGUAACUUUUUGCUGAAUCGUUCCGGACCGGGUGCAGGUGAUUCAAGUAUAUCAAUGAAAAACGACAUAACGACAAACACAUCGUCGAAAUCUGAGUCGACUUCAGUGCAUACAGGUGCUGUGGCGAGUGGUAGUGGAAGUGGCACUCAAUCGAAUAUAAGAAAAUCAGAUAGUAGUGCCAGCGACUGGCUAAGUACACCAACAGAUGAAAUGAUGGGAAUCGAUGUGAAAGGUGUCGAGAAGGACCGGAUAACAUUCUUCACGGACCCACGAGCAUAGAGGGGACUUUUAUCUAUCAUAGACCGAGUCGGCUGUUGUGUGGAAAUAACCGCCUGAAGCGUGGCGAAUAAGGGCGGGUAGUUAAUUACAUAUAUUCAUCGCUUAUAUCCAACUUUUCAACUUAUUGUUAUGCUACGAGUAUGUUCCGUUUAGUUCUAAGACAGAUUAAUAAGUAAACGUCUUUUUGUUACUCUCAUUUUUUUAACGAUAUUUAUUCAUGUUCGAUACAUUUUCCACAUUUUAUUUAAGGCAGAUUAUACAGUGAUCAAUGCUUAAUAAAAUCAUAUUAGAUAGCCUAUGACAUAGCCUAGCAAACUUUCCGCAAAAAAAAAAUCUAAGAUAUUGCUGCGUCCAUGCGUAGCUUUUGUGUAUUUAAAAAUAUUGAAGAUAAGACUUUGUUACCGAAGAAUUUAAAAAGAAAUAUAUAAUGUUAACAGAAUUGUAGAUAUAAACACUUUUUUCCAAUCAUUUUUUUUAUAUAUUAUGCAAAACAACUGUAAGAUUCAUAAUAAGAACAGCUUUUCGUGUUUUAUGUUGAGAAGUAAAAGAGGAAGAUAUAUUUAUAAGCUUUGGGAAGGAAGUAGGAAUAACUAUUGAAAAGUAUUCAGCGUCUACCAGAGAUUGUAACUAAAUUCAUUGUUUUGGAAUGAGAUCAAAUCACAUGGAUAACAUUGAUUCCAAAAUAAAUAUAGAUAUUUAUAUUUCUAGUCAAA